AUGGAGGCGAAAAAACUGAUAACUGCAACGGAUACCCAGUACUCUGGCAGUCUGCUACAAGCUUUAAAUGACCAGCGUAUGCAGGGACUCUUCUGCGAUGUCACAGUUAUUGUUGAAGACCGCAAAUUUAGAGCUCAUAAAAAUAUUCUUUCUGCAUGUAGUACUUAUUUCCACCAGCUCUUCUCUGUUGCCGGGCAAGUUGUGGAACUUAAUUUUGUCAAAGCUGAUAUAUUUGCAGAGAUACUCAACUAUAUAUACAGUGCAAAAAUUGUCCGUGUCAAAUGUGAAAUGUUGGAAGAGCUAAUUAAAUCUGGAAAGUUAUUGGGUGUCCCUUUUAUAGCAGAUCUUGGAAUCCCAUUGUCUCAAGUUAAAAGCAUCUCUGGUGGCGUUAAAGAUGGCAGCACUGAUUCCCAAUCUAGUUCUGUUUCAAAAGAACAUGAACUGCAAAAAGAAACCGUUAGUUCGUCAGACACCACACCAGAAAAUAAAAGUGCAAAAGACAAGGAAAUGCCAGUAAUUACUGAGGCUUUUUCUUUGUCUUGUGAAGAAUUUAAUGAAAAGAAAAAAGUGCCCGAUUCAAAGGACGAAGAUUCUGAUGAUGACGUUAUUUUCUGUUCAGAGAUAGUGACAGCCAAACCACCCCCUUCAGACAAAAAGGAAGCAGUACCAAGCCAAACACCUCCACCAAAUGAUCAGUCACUAGAUUUAAAGAAAUCCACGUCAUCUAGUCAUGUUCAGCUUGUUCAAAACACAAAACCAUCAAACCAACUUGUUUUGAAAAUGACUUCAUCUCCUCAAAAACUUAAUGUAACUGUUCAUGCAAAUGCAAGUACACAGGUUACAAAUGGAUCUGUUGUGCCUUCCAGUGCAGCAAUUAACACUUCCUCUGACGUCACAUCUUCACUUCAAAAAAACCUUCCGAUUUCUGCCAAUGUGAAUGCUCCAAAAUUGCUACAAAACGCUAACAUUUUGCCCAAAACUGAACUAGUGGAAGGAAACUCUAUUUCUGCAUCUGUUCCUUCUAUUACUCUACAGAAAAAUAUAUCCUUUGAUGGUUCUGGAGUACAAAAGAAACAGGUUGUGACCUUCAGUCAGGAAUCUUCCUCAAAGCCUGGUGAAUUCAAAAUAAAAAUUUCAGAUGUUGUAUCUGGAAGUAACAAGGAAUCUCAUAGGGAACCGGAGUCUAAGCGCAUAAUGGAUGGUAAAAAAAUAAUAACUUUAGACACCACUUCAGAAAUUGAAAGCCUGUCAACUGGUUGUAAAGUGUAUGCAAAUAUUGGAGAAGAUACAUAUGACAUUGUAAUUCCCAUUAAAGAAGACCCUGAUGAAGGGUUCUCCAAAUUUGAUGAAGAUGAUUUUCCAAAUCGGAAACGCAUGAAGGUGAAACAUGAUGACCACUAUGAGCUUAUAGUGGAUGGAAGAGUCUAUUACAUUUGUAUUGUUUGUAAACGUUCGUAUGUGUGUCUUACAAGUUUACGAAGACACUUUAAUGUCCAUUCCUGGGAAAAAAAAUACCCAUGUCGUUACUGUGAGCGUGUCUUUCCACUUGCAGAAUAUCGCACAAAACAUGAGAUUCAUCAUACUGGUGAAAGAAGAUACCAGUGCUUGACUUGCGGCAGUUCUUUUAUCAAUUAUCAGGUUAUGUCUUCUCACAUUAGAUCAGCUCACAGUCUGGAUCCUGCUGGAGAUUCAAAACUUUAUCGACUGAAUCCAUGUAAGACAUUACAGAUCAGACAGUACUCCUAUAUAACUGAUCCUUCUUCUAAUGCUCCAGUAAUCAACGAUGGUGGAAUUGUCUAUGAUAUUGACCCUGAUAAACCAGAACCUGCAUCUGAAGAGGACGCCCCUAGUGCAGCACCAAAGCCAGUGAACUGGGAUGAUAUAUUCCUCCAGCAGAGCAAUCAGAAUAUUUUUAAACCAAAUGCAUCCGAUGGCAGUACUGAAUUCGAGUUUGUAAUACCAGAAUCUUAUUAG